GCCCAUGCCAGGUUCCUUCAUACAAACCCGCUGUUUGAUAUUCGCGCGCAGCCAUUUCAAAAAGCCCACGUGGGAGGCUUCCAUUUGACGCGGUUGCCAUGGAAACAGAAUCCUUGCACCGUGGCUUUGAUUGACGGACGAAACGCCGCCCACGAGUCGCGGAGGCUCGAGUAUUCCCACAGAUGUCGGCGUCGACACGACAAAAACAAAGUUGUGAGUGAGAAGACGUAACAGUUAGUUCAUGGCCAACAGCAGCAGCACCUGAAGACGCGUCUCCGCUAAUAAACCUCGCCAUGGAUGUGCUGAAAUCAGCCAGAAGGGCUUUUAUUCGCAGUCCCAGCCUGACCACACAGUCCCGGAGCUCAGGCAAGCACCAGAAGCUCCCUGAGAACUGGACUGACACGAGAGAGACUCUUCUGGAGGGAAUGACCUUUAACCUUCGGCAUCUGGGCAUGACUCUGGUGGACCAACCCAAAGGCGAGGAGCUCUCCGCUGCCGCUGUCAAGAGGAUUGUUGCCACGGCCAAAGCCAGCAGGAAGAAACUGCCUAAAGUGGCCCUGAAAGUGUCUCCUCGGGGAAUCGUCCUGUGCGACAGUGUGUCCAACCAGCUGAUCGACAACAUUUCCAUAUACAGGAUAUCAUACUGCACAGCUGACAAGAUGCAUGACAAAGUGUUUGCUUUCAUCGCUCAGAACCAGCAGAAUGAGAGGCUGGAGUGCCAUGCGUUCUUCUGUGCCAAACGGAAAGUGGCCCAGGCAGUCACACUCACGGUGGCCCAGGCCUUCAGAGUGGCCUUCGAGUUCUGGGAGGUUGCCAAAGAAGAGAGAGAGAAUCAUGUGAAAUGGGAUUCAGCUGGAGAGACGUCCAACAGCUCACAGUCGGAGAGAUCGGUCAGCUUGAGCAGCCUGAAAGGAGGAGCAGUAGCUACAGAAAACCUGUUGGACAUUGAUGAUUCCUCAUCUCUUGUGGUGAAUGCGGACAAUCCUCCCGAAUCCAACAUCAGCACCACUGUAUGGGAGACGGAUGAUGGUCUGGAAGAGGCUUUUUCAAGCUGCAGUUUGGAUAGCUAUGAGUUCUCUCCAGACUUGCUGAGUCUCGUACUAACCCCCAGGUCCUGGACAUUGGGCUGACGCCUCAGGACUGGAACUCUGAGACCGACUGGGACAAGACCAAUGGAAACGCAGCGAACGCAGAGGAGCUCUUCAGCCUCUGAGCACAGAUAGGUUUGUGUAGAUCUGGGAACCUCGUGCAGGGAGUCUGCUGUCAGUUGAGAGGGCAGCAAUGGUCCCUCUCAUCUUGAUCAUCUGCUCCAUCACACCAAAGCAAUAGCAAAUGAGUCUAUUUUUGCAAAAAAAAAAAAAAAAAAAAAAAAAAACUCUACUAUGCUACUUGAGUUUACAUGCUUUAUUUUUAUCAAUCCAAAUGUAUACAGAAUAAUAUAUGUAGAUACCAGAAUCAGUAUUGUUUUCAUGUAUGUUUAUCAUAUGAGAUAUAACAUUGUGUAUAUUCAGGUGCACUAUAGAGCUGCUUUAAGAUAUUAGAGAUUCAUUUAUCAUCACAAUUCCCUUCAUUAAUGAUAACAUGGAAAUUAGCAUUAAAUUCACAGUACAGCUUGUCUUUAGCAUCUUAUGAUGCCUAGGAGUCAUAUUUCAGUAUUUACUAUUUUUUAUAAAUCUAGCCUGUAUAUGAUUAUUAUAACACCCAUUUGAUAUUUCUCUAAAAAUGUAUAAUAAAAGUGUUAAUAUUA